AUGGGGCCACCCUGGCCCACGGAUGGGCAUCCCCCCCAUGUUGCCGCUGCUACAGAAGCAGCAGCAGGUGUUGCUUCCCAUUCCUACCUCGAUAGCGGCGAUGAGGAGGAGCAGCAACUUGCUGCUGCAGUGCAGCAAGUUGAGAGGCCUCUCCCAGUAGACUGUGGCAUAUCAACUCCGAGCAGCACUCCCCGCACGGAACGCCGCAGCAGCACAGGCCUUUCUGCUGAUGUUGCUACUGCCGCUGCUGAUAAACACGACAGUGAAUCUGCCGCUGUUUUUACAGGUGCCCCUCCCCAGCUUCCGCUCCAUUUAACGCCGCAGCAGUCGCAACAACAGCAACAACAGCUACAGCAGAAGCAUCCAAUACAGCCACAACAGCAAUGGCCACAAGAAGUGCUGCUAUACAAUCAUGGCAAGCAGAAUCAGCAACAGCAGGGGCAACAGCAGCCCAAACUGGAUCUUAUUCUGGUGCAACCGCCACGCGUUGAACAAGAUGCAGCGGCAGCAGGUACUCCUGCUGUCGUUGCAGCGUCGGGUAGCCAUGCGGACAUGAAGGAUGCGGCAACAACAGCCGCAGUUGCAGGAAACGCUGCAACGGCUGUUGGUGCCGCCAGUGCAGGAGUAGUGAAUGACCCCGGCGGGCUGAAGGAGCAGAUGGCACUGCUGCAGGUUGCAGCUGCAGCAAAAGAUGCUGCACUCAACUUCGAGAGAGAGCAGCGGCAGCAGCUGCAGAUGGAGCUAGCUGAGGCGCGAAGGGAACUACUGCAACUGCGUCAGCAACACGAACAACAGCAGCAGCAGCAGCAGUUCCUGUUACCACAUCUAGGCGUUGGCGUGGAUGUGCAGCAAACGCAAACCCACAGGCUGCAGCAGCAGUUGCUGCAAAAGGACCAGCAGCUCAGGGGCCUUGCUACCGCACUCGACAGCUUCAGGGCGCAGAGCAGAGCGGCAGCAGCAGCCCUGCAACAGCAGCUGCAGCAGGCGUUUGCACGGAUGGCUGAGGCAGAAGCGGAAGCGACGGAGAGCCAGCGACAGACGCAGGUGCUGCAACAGCUGGCUUCUUCCUUACAGCAGCAGCUCGCAGAGCUGCAGCAGCAGCACGCUGCUGCUACUGAGGUGCGAAGUACCCUGCAGCAAUCUCUGCAACAGCAACAGCAGAGCAACGUGCGGCUGCAGCAGCAGCUCGCGCAGCAGCAGCGCAUUCGUCACGAGGUGCAGCAGCAACUGGAGGAGCAACGGCAACAAGUCGAUCUGCUCCAGCAGCGAAAUGAGGAACUUCAGGAAGAAGCAGCAGAGUAUCGCCGCAACGCCGCCGCAGCCGUAGCAGUGGGGCCUGCCGCUGUUACUGCUGCAGCUGGAGGAGGGGGAGAAUCGGACGGCAUUGCUGCGUUGCUGCAGCUCGAGCGGCAGCUGGCAGCUGAGCAGUACGAGCAGCAGUUGCAGCAGCAGCUUGAGCAACUGCAGCAAGUGCAACAAGAGAAAGAGCAGCAUUAUCGUGAAUUACAGCAGACCAAAGCUGAGCUGCAAGAAGCACGCCAGCAGAUACAAAUGUACCAGGAGCAACAGCGGCGGCACCAGCAACAAGAGGAUGAGCAGCAGCAGCAUCAGGCCGACCUAACGCAGCAGCUGGCGGAGCAACAGCAACAGCAACGGCAGCUGCUUGCGGAAAGGGACCGAUUUGUUGCUGCUAUUCGCCUACUGCAGCAGCGCUGCGAUGGGCAACAGCACCUACAGGAGGGUCAGCAACGAGAGGACCCCCAGCAGCAGCAACAGCAGCAUGAAGAGCAACAGCAACAGGUUGCAAACGUAGAGACACUGCAGCAGGAAGUGAGAUCCCUUGUAUCUGUCAACGCUCAGCUUUCUCAAUGGAUUCGCCGGCUCCUGCAGCUCGUGCUGCAGCGGCUGCAUCACGUUGGCAGCAGCGACGAGCGUAGCACCAGCAGCAUCAACAACUCUCUGCAGCAGUCCUCGGCAGCGGGAGACGCAGAGCUGCGCGAGAACCUUAACGAGCUAUUAUGCUCAUUGCAAGAGCAGCCACUCAACAAAGAGCUUACGUUGAGCUUGUCGUCCUAUAUGGACAAGCUGCAGCAACAGCGACAGCAGCAGUGGGUUCCAAGACGCCGGAGAGCGCGAUCCACUUCUCCCAACCGUGAAGAAAAGGCGAGGCUGCCGUUGCGCAGCAAGAGCAGCAACAGCAGCAGCAAUGACCGCAGCAGCAUUAGCAGCAACAGCCGCCGGAGCAGCAGCGGGCCUGAUCUCGAGGCGGUUGCUGACAGCGCUGAAGAGCAUCAGGCAGCGGCGCUGCUCCUUUGGCAGCAGCAGGUGCAGCGGAGAAAGCAGUUAUCAGAAGCACUUGAAGCUGUAGAUCUCGAGACGUUGAACGAGCCCGAAAAGCAGAAGCAGCAAGUUCCAGAGGUUGCUACAGUGGGCGUGCAGACGGAGGGCGAGCCAUCGCGAAGUGGAGGUCCUUCUGAAAGUCAAAGGCAGCACCAGGAACUUGAGCAACUUCAGGAGGAGCUUGGCCGGCUGCAGCUUCAGCUGCGGGAACAGAAACAGCUGCAACAGGAGUGGCAGCAAAAGGAGCAGGAGUGGCAGACAGAGCACCAAGAGCUCAGAAAGGCCAAGGUGUUGCACCGCUAUGCUGCUAUUGCUGCUGUUGCUGUCGCUGCUGCCUCUGUAGUUGUUGCUGUUGUUGCUUUUGCUGCUACUGACAUUUUCGUACAUGAUUCGUCUGGAGCGUGUGAUCUGCUGCUGCCGCUGCAGGAAGCAGAGAGCGAACGGGCAGAGACGGUGCAACGGGAGUUGAAAGUAGCACAAGUGCAGCUGCUGGAGUCCCGUGAGGCACAGCAGCAGCUGCAACAACAGAAGGAGACGGAACAACAGCAUUACGAGCAACAGCAGCAAGAGCUACAACAGCUGAAGUGCCAACUUGAAACAGCGGAAUCAGCGCUGCAGCAGCAAAGGGAACACUAUGAGGCGGUCCUUGAGUUGAGCAAAAACCGUGCAAUUGCAGCACAGACGCAGCAGACGGCUAAGCUGGAGAUGACCUCUGUUGCAGUGCAGACAACGGAACAGCAGCAACAGCCGCUACUGCAGCAGCAGGCAACCCAAACCGAAUUGCCGCACCUCAUGGCAGACGUCUCCACUUCGGAGUCUCAGACAGAGUUGUCGCUUCUGGAACCAUUGCUGCAGCAGCAGCAGGCAAGUUCUGCUGCAACAGUAGGAGCAGGAGGGGGAUCGACAAAGGUGAGAACCUGUGAGGCCGAGACCCAAACGCCUUUGCAGCAGCACCGCAGCGUGAAGAUACAGUGCAACAGGAGCAAGCCAGUGGGAGGUGGGUCAGAUACAUCAGCAGCAGCAGCAUUAGCAGCAGCUGUUGCUGGUUCCCCUGUUGACACACUUGAUGCACAGACCCAGGUAAACCCGGCAGACUUGUUGCAGGAGGAGCAGCUAGAGAAGCAGCAACAGGAGCAGGAUGCAGAGCAGGGCUCCUUAGGUGCACCAGCUGUAGAGAACAAAAGUGAAGGGUUAGGCGCGCCCUCUGUUUGUUGUCACCGAGCUAAUGACGGCAGCAGUAGCGGCAAUCGCAGCAGCAGCAGCAGCAGCAUAAGUAGCAGCACGGCGCGGCUGAGAGGUCGUCGAAGCAUUUCUUGGGUGCAGCCAAAAAUGAUGCCUACCCGAAGAAGGCGUUCCUUAUCAUCAUCAGCAGCUGCAGCUGCAGCAAGCGCUGCUGAUGGAGACCGAUGCUCGUGCCGCUGCUGUAGGAGGCGCCAAAGGCUGCAUCGUUCUCUGCUCCAUGCUGCCGGCGAUUGUGCCGAUGCAGGCACGCUUCAAAGGGGGCGAUCUCGCACACCAACGCAGCAACAAAGCCAUCAGAGCAGCACCCGGAGCAGCAGCAGCAGCAGCACUGGAGGCGACGGGCUUCAGCUAAGAGGGAACUUCACAUAUCGUGCAAGGCGCCGACCCAAAGGAGCAUUGCAGCAGAAGCAGCAGCACCAAUUACAGGACAGCGAGUCUUCGUUGGCAAUGAGCUCACCUACAAGCCGCUACAUGCGCAGGCUGCUGAAGCAGCAGAAUCAGAAGCAGUGGCAACAUCAGCAGCACAAGCAUGCGGUUUCCGUACAUCCAGUAGAAGAAUUUGUCGAUCUGCUGAAGGAGGUCGACGGCAUCGCAGAUCCUGCGGCACCUCCUCCGCGCUUCCACCGCCAGCAACAUAUGCAACAGCAGCAGCACGACGCAGCAUCUUCUGCACCGUUUGCAACAACUGCACAGCGCGCUACCAGUCAGCAGCAUCUGCAGCAGGGAAGAAGGGGCCGAGCAGCAAAGCGCAGCCCAAAUGCUGCGGCGUCACCGGGCGACGAGGACAUCGAAACCACGAAGCAGGGGCAGGUGCAAAAGCAGGAACACCUUCUGGAUCUGCAAAAGGAAGCUGCACUGGCUUUUGUUGCAGUGCUGGCAGCAACUGCUGCAGGAGGUGGCUGCCGGCUGGUUUGCUGUGCAUGCGGCGGCUUCUUUGCCUGUAUGCAUGCUGCGCAAGCUGCACUAACAGAGACAGUUGCGAUGAAGGGCGCGGCAGUGAACACUACAUCUGCUGCUGCCGUUGCUGCUGAGAAGCUUGGCGGCUCCUUAGCUGCUGGGGACCAGUGCAGGGGCCUGAUGUGGGAUACGUCCCUCCUUAAGAAGGAGCAGCGGCUGCUGCUGCCUCGCUGGCUGCAGCCUUGCUCCUGCCCUUUGCAUGCGCACGGAACCUACGUCCGCGUGCCUGCGAUGGGAGACGGAGGUGCAGGGGCAGCAGCCACGGCGGCAUUUAGUGCUGCUGCUGCACCAACUGUUCCGCAUACACAGCUGCUGAGCAGUGCAGAAGUGCAGCGGGUCUUGCAGCAUGAUCUGCUGCUGCAACAGGAGCUUGUGCUAGCCCAGAAGCAACGGCAGGAGACAGAACAGCAGCUUCAUAGACAGCAAAAGAAACUCACCGACACUGAGCAGCAGCUGCAGCAACUGCAGCAACUGCAGCAGCAUGCGGUGGCAGCAGCAAAAUCCGCUAAGGCAGAGGCAUAUUCGGCAGCCCGCAGAGGCCUUGCUGCUGUAGCUGCAUGUAGAGAAAUGUUGCAGCAGCUGCGGUCUCUGUUCAACGACCUUUUGAAGGGUCUGUCUCCCAACGACCAGCAGCAUCAUCUGCAGCAACUGCUGCAGUUGUUGCAGCAAAGCGGCAGCAAGCUACCUGAUGUUCCUCUCGUCCCCUCGUUGUUGCUUCCAGAUCGCCGUCUUAUUUCUUGGCUGCUGCAGCAGUGUCUCUAUCUCUUCGUUGUUGGCCAGAAGCAGGUUUCGCGUCUGCAGGUGCAGGAUCAGAAACAGUUACUGCAGACGCAACAGCAGAGACAGCUACAGGAGCAGCAGCAGCUUUGGCAGGCGCAGCAACAGCAGGUGAUGCAGCAGCAGCUGCAGCAGCAACUGAAACGAGUGCAGCAGGAAAACCAGCAGCACUCCAAGACACGCUACAUCGACACGGCUCUGCUCCUGCUGCAAGCUGACAAGCAGCAACUGCAGCAGCGGGAGCAAUGGAUGCAGCAGCAACAGAGGACUCUACAGCAGCAGCUCCAAGAGCGCGAGUUGCAGGUGCGCAAUCAAGAAGAGGAGCUGCAGCAUUUGCGUUUGCAACAACAAAAGCACGAGCAGCAGCAGCAACGGCUGCACUCAGAACUACAAGAGCACCAGAGAGACGCAGAAGAGACUAUCUCCCGGCUGUCAACUCGUUUGAGGGAGCUUCUAGCUGAACAAGACUCCGCUAAAGAGGAGCAGCAGCAACAACAACAACGAUUCCGUAGGGCAGAGCAGCAGCUGCGGCAAGAGCAGCGAAUUCUGCAUGACGAGCAGCAGCGCCUGCUGCAGCAGCAGCAGAAACAGCAGUCGUUGCUGCAACGGGAAUAUAGACAACUUGAUGAGGACAGGCUCCACCUGCAGCAACAGCAGCGCGAGUUCGACGCACUAAGCGAGAAGCUACAGCAGGAGCAGCAGGAUGUGCAGCAACAGCAGCAACAACUGCACCUGCAGCAGCAGGAAGUGCAACGCCAGCAGCUAGAGCUGCAAGAGCAGCGGCACUCGGUGAACAGGCGAGAAUCCGAAAUGCAGAAACAGCAACUGCUGUUGUUGCAGGAGCAACACGCGCUGGAAGAACGAAGACGGUGCUUGAACCAGAGCGAAAAAGACCUGGAGAAGGUGAAGGAAGGCCUGCGACGGCAGCAAGAGGACCUCCAGCAGCAGCAGCGCGCAGCCAGCGAAGUGCGCCAGCAAGCAGAAAUUCAACAGCGUCGUAUUGCUGCUCAGGCGCAGCAGCAGAACCGGGAAGCGGAACGCCUUGGCCGUGAGCGAGAGGUUCAACAGCAGCAGCUGAGGUUGCAGGAGCAGCUUUUGAAGCAGCGGCAAAGUGAUAUCGACCAGCAGCAACAGCGACUGGUGGAUUGUGAGAAAGAGCUCGCCGAAAAACAGCUGCAGCAGCAACAGGCCUUGCAGCAGCAGCAGCAGCUACUGCAGCAGCAGCUGGAGGAGCUAGAGAUGCAACGGAAGCAGCUGGCUGUUCGCGAGGAAGGGAUUGUACAUCUCCGCCGGGAGCUGGAGCAGGAGCAGUGCAGCAGGAGGCAGCAGCAGCAGCAGCAGAAACAGCACGAGCAGGGGACUUCAGCAGGCGGCACGCCGCCAGCAAAGCAGGAGCUGCAGCAGGAGCAAUACAGAGAGAUAAUAAAGCUGCAGCAGGCUAACGUGGAGCUGCAGGAGAAGCUGCUGGAUGCUCAGCAGCAGCAGGAAAAAGCCAGGAGCAGCUACGUGCAACAGCAAGAGCAACUGCAGGCUCUGCAGCAGCAACUGGAUCAGCAGCAGCAGCAGGCAGCACGGGAGAUAGCACAAGCGCAGCGCGACUGCAAGGAGCUACAACAACAGCAGCAGCGACAGCAGCAGCAGUACACUGUUGAGCUACAACAUCUGCGACAGCAGUGCCGGAACCUCCAACAGAAAGAGAAGCAGCACAGGUGUGAACGAGACGCCGUGAGCUCGCAGCUGCAGCACCAGCUGCUGCGGCAGCAGCAGCAGGAGGAACAGAUGGUGCAGCAGCGGCAGAAGCUGGAAGCAGAGCUGCAGAAGCAGGUGUCCACGGCAAUGCAGCUGCAGCUACAGCUUGCCGAAUCGAAGCAGCGACUACAGGCGCUGGAGGAGCGAGGCGAGAAGCAGACGCAGCAGCAAGUUAUGCAGCCGAACAAGGAUACUGCCGAACAACAGCAGCUGCUGCAGCAACACAUGAGUGAUGCGUUUAUGCAUGCAGAACGAACCCUCAGUUGCUGCGCGCUGCUAGAUACUCAGCUGAAGCAAAUCCAAACGGAACAGAGUGCGGAAAAGGAGCAGCACCCAGAUGACCGCUCCAGCCCAACUUCCCCUGUUGUUUUCCAGACAUUAGAGCAACUCUACCAGCUGCAGCAGCAGCUGCUGCUGUUGCAGCGUUUUAUUACCGACACAAGGGAGGAGGAGGUGACGACUGCAGCAGGCAGCAGUAACAGCAGCAGCGACAGCACUCGCCUUGGCUCAUUCAUCGCACCGCAACAAGCACUUGCUGACCCCGAUCUAAUCAACUGUUCUCCUCCUGUCACGGAAGGUCUCUUCGUGCAGCAACAGCACCAACGAACAGAUCAGGGACAAGAGCAGCUGCUCCGGCGCGAGCUUGCGAGUCUUCGUGAUGAGUUGCAUACGAAAACUCGUCAGCUGCUGCAGAAGACAGAUGAGCUUUCUUCAGCCCGCCUGAAACUGCAACAGCUGCAGCAGGAACAGCAAUUGCACCAGGAGCAGGAGCAACAUCAGACAGAUGACGUGGAAUCCAAGCAGACGCUUGGAGACGAGGUAGCGACGUUGAAAAGCAUGCAGCAAUUGCUGCAGCAAUCCAUAAAACAGCAAGCAGCAGAGCUGCAGCGGCGAGAGAAGAAGCUGCGGAUCGAGCGGCAGCAGCUCGAGGCGGCGCAGGCUGAGCUGAAGCUGCAGCAGGGGACACUGCACGAUAAGCAGCAACAGCUGCUGCUGCAGCAAGCCGCCCAGGAGCGAACGGCACGUGAGCAGGAGGAGCUGCAGCGGCGCCUAGAGAAGCACACUUUUCUCCUGAGGCAGCAGGCGCCGAAGGCGCAACAUCGGCAUGGGCAGGUGUCACAAAUUCCUCCUGAGGAGGCAGCAUGGACUGAGCACCAGCACAAAGAAGGCGUUACUGGUGGUGAAGUGGAACCUGAGAAGCAGCAGGAGGAACUGCUGCUGCAGCAGCUGGAAGAGCAUCAUGGGCCACCUGCUGACAAGGUUCUGCAGCAUCAUGGUGAUCAGCAUGCACUGCUUCGGCAAAGUCUUGCAAUGGAACGAGGCCUUCUGCAAACCGUUUACGCACAUAUUCAAGAGGAGCAGCGCAUGCUGCAGCAGCAACAGCAACAACACCAAGAAUCAGACAGUCGCGUGGCGCAGCUUAGCGAGUUUGUCUUGAUGACUGUCAGAGGAUAUGCGCGCUUCUUUAGUUUCCACUGCAGCGGAGACCUUAGCAGCAGCAGCAACAGCAGCAACAGCAGCAGCAGCGGUAGCUACGAGGGGAGCAGCCGCACAGGCGAUUUGCUUAGCAGCAAAGCCCUCUCCAACUCUUCACUUUCCCACAUGCAGACCUCCGAUCAAGAAGCAGAAGAAGACUCAGGUGCUGCAAUUUGCCCCACGGCGCCGACGGUGCAGCAGCUGAUGGAUGCUUUGGCCCUGCGAGAUCAUUCGAGUGCACACGUUCCCCAGCAGCAGGAGCAACAACAACAGCAGGACUGCGCGACAAGCCCCAUGUACCUGUCCGUCAGCGGCGUGUCUCUAAGCGCAUUGCAGCAAGAGGACAUCGCUUUCCUAGAAGCAUUUGUUGCUGGCCUCCACCGGCUUGUGCUGCGCUGCGCCGCUGCUGCUCGGCGCUCACAGAAAAAGACGCCGCCUUUGACGGGCGCAGAAGCUGCAAAUACAGGCGCGGACACGGCAGUUGAACCAAGAGAGGGUGCAGAGGUGGCAGCGGCAUCUGCAGCAGAUCGUAAGCUGCAACAGCUGGUCCUGCGGAAGGAAAUUUCCCUUUCGCGUAUAAGCGAACCGAAUAACAAUGCUGCUGCAACCCGAGUAGCAGGAGAAGCAGUAUCAGGUGAUACCGACUAUGCUGCAGUGGAUCUCCUGCAGCGUCAGAAGGAACGGAAGAGUGGCAACGACCCAGGGCUGCAUUCGCCAAAAUAUGUUGCUGCACUCCAUGAGCAAGAGGAUGGCGGCUUUUCGCUACCCACAGAUAGUCCUUUUGCUCAUAAUAGCAACAGCAGCGGCAGCAAUGGCAGUAGUAGAAGUGGCGGCAAGAACCCACAGAGGCGUUGCAGAAACAGCUGCAAUAGAGGCAGCAGCAAUCCAGACGGACGCGCUUGCGGCAUGCUGCAGCAGGUUCCCUUGUUGAGUAGCGCUUCUCCUCGGAUAGCUGUGCAGCAAAGUCUAGUGCCGCAGGGUUGCCACGCACGUAGUGCAGCGGCGAGCGGAAGGGCAUCGGAAACAGCAGCAGAAGCAGAAACAGCAGAAAUAUCUGAAGAUGAAGCUUCUGCGCCAACUUCCCAGAUGCGGGUUAGCUCAAGACACGGGAAGCAGCAGCAGCAGCAGCAGCAGCAGCAGCAGCAGCAGCAGAAAUCCCAGCAGCACAGUGCACAGGAGUUGCUGUCGCGGCAACCCUGGACAGGUGUGGUUACAGCAGCACCUGCUGCGGCUGCGUGCUCGCCAAAGCGGGAGACGCCGUCAUUUCCUCCAGUGCCUGACAAAAGGGGCACUCACCGCAGCAGCAGUGCCAGCAGCAGAGGGAGCAGUAGAGGUACAUCAACCGGGGAACUGGAGCGGCUACCGGAGAGAAGGCGCUCAGCUGCAGAGGCAGUGGCAACAGCGGUACCAGCAGCAGCAGAAGGGGAGGUGUCAUCCCUGACAUAUGUAAGAAUUUCAACCGGCAGCGGUGACCAAGUGUUCCUUGCCGAAAGAAGGCCUUCAAGUUCCCCUGCAUCAGAGGCCACAGAAGAUGGCUCGGACUUCACGCUGUCUGGGCUCUCCAGUGUCUCUGUCUCAGGCUGCUCUUCAGAAGACGGCCAGCUUCGACAAGAGAGAAGGGUGAUACAGAAGUGA